AGUACGCUGGUGACCGCCUCACCCGCCAGGCAUGCGGGGUUCUGCGUGCUGCGGCGCGCCGGGGUGCGGUCCACGGGCCCGACCCGGCCAGCGGCCAGCCGUCAGGACGCCGUCGAGGACGCCGUCGAGGACGCCGUCGAGCGCGGGCAUCAUGGGCUCCGCGGCCGCGCGCUCGGCGCUGGCCGUCGCCGUGGCCAUCCUGGUGGUCGGCGCGCAGCUGCGGACGGCGGAAGCCGCGGCGUGCACGGGAUGCGAGAAGCCGCCGUUCGUGUGCGACUGCGAAGGCGUGAAGGGCAAGCCGGGUGUGCAGGGCCCACACGGCGUGACCGGCAUCGAGGGACCCCCCGGCGAGAUCGGCCCGGAUGGACCGCCAGGUUUCUCUGGAGAAAAGGGCGAGUUCGGCGAAUAUGGACCCCUCGGAGACAAGGGGUACCGGGGUGAGAUCGGAGUUCCCGGUAGCAGAGGAGCCCCUGGUUCUCCGGGCAACUUAGGGUCCAUCGGCACCAGCGGUCCAGACGGGUUGGAUGGCUGCAACGGCACGGACGGCAACCCCGGCAUUCCCGGUCUCCGCGGUUAUCCUGGAAUCAGGGGUCUCUCGGGGCCCGAGGGACCUCCAGGACCGAGGGGAGAGCCGGGAGAAGGCGGCUCCAACUCCAAGGGCACGAAGGGCGACCGCGGAGACUCCGGCCUCGAAGGGGAAACGGGACUUAUCGGGUUGCCAGGAAUUCAAGGACCUCCUGGUUACCGCGGACCUUUCGGUGAACCGGGUUGGCCAGGGCCCCCUGGGCUCCCUGGGCGCAAAGGUGACGCCGGCGACGACAAACCGGGCUCCAAGGGCCCAAAGGGUGCCCCCGGAGACCGAGGAGACAAGGGGCCGCCCGCCAGAGAGCCCGCGGAGGUCAACUACCCGAAGGGUCAGCCCCCGCUGAAGGGCCCGCGCGGCUCCAGAGGAGAAUACGGCGAGAAGGGUGAGCCCGGGAAUAAAGGUCCGCCCGGCAUGCACGGGCCCCACGGCUUCCCCGGCCGCCCCGGCGUCCAGGGCCUGAAGGGCGACCAAGGUGACGACGGACAGCGAGGCAAGCAGGGCAAGAUCGGGCGAGAGGGUCCACCGGGCCCUAAGGGCCAGAAGGGCGCCCCCGGCCUUGGGGGCGCCGAUGGGAUCGACGGUGACAAGGGAGAGCAGGGUGACGACGGCCGGCCCGGGCCACCGGGUCUGCAGGGCGCCGAGGGUAGUCCCGGACUGUACGACCCCACCCUGGACCAGACGACGGGCGGCGCAAUGGGUCCGCAGGGAGACAUCGGUCCGCCUGGUCCCCAGGGCUCGAGCGGCAUCCCAGGAAGGCCAGGCGCUCCGGGAUACCUCGGCCCUACCGGCGAGCCGGGCACGCCGGGCCUGCCUGGACUGCCUGGAGCGAAGGGAAGCUCGACGAAGGGCGAGCGAGGGGCAGACGGCUACCGAGGCUCUCCGGGAGCAGCGGGCGCCCCGGGUAUUGUCGGCAUUCAAGGGCCCGACGGUGAAAAGGGCUUCCCUGGCGUCACAAUCCAGGGACCUCCUGGAACUGACGGCUUGUCGGGGAUCAACGGCUACAAAGGACCUCCCGGAGAGCGCGGAGAAAACGGGGUGACCGGACCCAAGGGAAUGCCUGGAAGGGGCAUACCAAUUCAAGGGCCAGCUGGCGAGAGGGGUCCUCCUGGUGUCCAGGGUCCGCCUGGUAUGCCCGGUCUCCCAGGUCUUCCUGGUUGGGACGGACUGAAGGGCCUACGGGGUGAUGACUGUGGAAUCUGUCAGCCAGGUUUGCCCGGUGCGAAGGGCGCCCCCGGCGACCCUGGCUUUGAUGGCUUCCAGGGAACGCGAGGCUACCCCGGCCGCCCUGGAGAACGCGGGCUCCGUGGCCUUGCCGGUCGCCCCGGCCUACCAGGUCUGAACGGCACCGACGGCCGCCCUGGCCGCCCGGGUGAGGUCGGUCGGCCUGGCGCGCCCGGUCGCCCUGGUUACAUUCACUACCCCAAGGGACAGGUCUCCGAGGGUGAACGAGGCGCGCCCGGCUUCAUCGGCUUUCCUGGUCCCCCCGGCCCCGCCGGCCCCCGAGGUCCAAAGGGAGUGCAGGGUGAUCUCGGCUUCAGCCCCUUCAAGGGGGAGAAGGGCGACUAUGGUGAGCCGGGUCAGCCCGGCCUGGACGGCACAGCUGGCCUGAAUGGCUGGCCCGGGCCCAAGGGAGACUCGGCCGCCACGGACGAGUACAGCCUGAGGCUGCUGAGGGGUGACCCGGGCUACGACGGACGCCCCGGUGUGGUUGGUGACCGGGGUGAGAAAGGGCAGCAAGGUGACACCGGUGACACAGCGGAGUUCCUCUAUAACUCCAAGGGUGAGCCUGGCUUGGACGGACCACCAGGACCGAAAGGUGAGCGUGGGCCGGACGGCCUCAACGGCCCCCCUGGAGACGCGGGCUGGGUCGGCCUCACGGGUCCGCGCGGGCUGCCGGGCUUCAGUGCCCCCGGCCCCGAGGGCCUGGCCGGCUACCCGGGGAUGCCCGGCGACGAGGGUCCGCGAGGCCCCCGCGGUGAGCCGGGCCUGGACGGACGGCCUGGCCUUCCAGGGCCGGACGGCCCCAAAGGAGACCGGGGCGACAUGGGGCAAGCCAUCCUCAACGGAGAGUACGGCCCUCCCGGCACCCCCGGUGAAAAGGGUGACAUUGGCGACGAAGGACCCCCGGGCGCGGACGGUCGUCCGGGCAUCAUGGGCUACCGUGGCAUCAAGGGAGAGAAGGGUGACGCAGGAUACAGCGGUCUGUCGGGAAUGCCGGGCGUGAAAGGAUGGCAGGGCGACAUGCGGGCAGGCCUGCAGGGAGCUCCAGGGAACCCUGGAACCCCUGGCCUGCAAGGGCUGCCUGGCGAGCUCGGGCCUCAAGGCCCGGAGGGCGAGCCUGGCUACCCGGGAGGACCGGGACUCAAGGGCAACAUCGGUUAUCCCGGACAACGAGGCUUGGACGGCGACAUAGGCGUAGUUGGAUUCCCUGGCAGGGAGGGUGUUAGAGGCCUGCCUGGACUGGCAGGACCCGAUGGCGAUCGUGGUCUGAGUGGCCCGGCAGGACCCCCUGGCCCACCUGGUAGGACGGGUUUCACUGGACCAAUGGGUCUGAAGGGAGUGAUAGGCGAUGCAGGGCAGCAGGGCCUCCCCGGCUUGGAUGGGUUCCCUGGACUGAGUGGAUUACCCGGCGACGCUGGUCGUCCUGGACGGGACGGCGAGCCCGGCGACGGCAGCUUCAGCGGCCCCAAGGGAGACUGGGGUGAUCCUGGUCUCCUUGGUGAGCCAGGCUUCCCUGGCCUCGGUGGUCUACCCGGACCCCGCGGUGCUCCUGGAGAGGACGGCAACGUGACGGCAGCUUACCCUGGAGAACCUGGAGAACCCGGCCGAACGGGAAAUCCGGGCUACGAUGGCUUGAAGGGAGAAAAGGGCAACCUCGGACCUGAAGGCCUCAAGGGUCUGGCGGGAGAUCCAGGAGUCCCCGGCUGGCCAGGACCCAAAGGGCGUGACGGAUUUCCGGGGCAGAAUGGCAGAUGGGGUCAGCGGGGCAUCGCUGGCCCGGACGGAGCCAAGGGUGAGAAAGGCAUGGAUGGGCUUCCGGGCUUCAUCGGGCGACCUGGUGUCCCCGGCGACCCAGGACCAUGGGGCCCCAUGGGCACUCCUGGCGCUCCCGGGCCAAAGGGCUUCCAGGGCGACCCUGGCUUCAGCCGCCUGGCUGCUGGCACCAAGGGCGACGAGGGCGACGAGGGAAGGCCCGGCUUUAGAGGGCUCACCGGCCUGCGAGGAGAGCCCGGUUUUCCUGGAUACAGAGGAGUCAAGGGCGGGCGCGGUGAUGCGGGCCGCCCUGGAGAACCCGGUAUCUCUGGCAGCUUUGGCCUCCCGGGUCUUCCGGGCGACACUGGCCCAGCGGGUCUCCCUGGACUUCCUGGACAAAACCCAGAGCCAGGUGACAGGGGCCGUGACGGUUUCGAUGGACAACCGGGCAUGCCUGGGCGGCCGGGAGCAAAGGGUGCUCCUGGCGACUUCGGCGUCGAGGGACCGGCUGGAGCACCUGGGCGGCCGGGCUUCUCCAGGCCCGGCGACAAGGGUGACGCUGGCGACCCAGGUCUGAUGGGGCUCCCCGGCAGACGCGGUCCUCGCGGUCCCUCUGGCUUUGACGGCCUCCCCGGUCGGCAGGGACCCAAGGGGCUGACGGGCCCAGCCGGCCCGCCAUCGUCCAGUUUCAAAGGCGAGCGGGGUGUCGACGGAUACCCCGGUCUCCCCGGCACCAACGGCACCAAGGGCAUGCGCGGCGAGGACGGCUUCCCGGGCCGGCAGGGCCCUGCUGGGCCCAAGGGAUUCGCCGGUUUCCGUGGUCUAGCGGGUCUGCAGGGCGCGCCCGGCCUGCCCGGCCUGCCCGGUAGGAAAGGAGAGCCUGGCGACCCCGUCAGCUACAGGGACAUCAUCAAGGGCGAGGUGGGCGAGCCCGGCUUGCCCGGCUUGGACGGAGAGAGGGGACCUCCGGGACUGAUGGGCAAGCCGGGUGACUACGGCCCUCCGGGUACCAUCGGAGACAUGGGGUACGCUGGUCGUCCUGGCUACCCCGGGCCCAAAGGACUCCGAGGCAUGCGAGGAUCCCCUGGACAGGCUGGAGUGCCCGGUUACAGAGGAGCCCCAGGUGUUCCGGGUUUGCCCGGAGACGCGGCUCCCCCGGGCCCCGCGCCCGGGAACAGGGGCUUCUUCUUCACCAGGCACUCUCAGACGGAGGGCGAGCCAGACUGCCCCGCCGGCACCUCCAGGAUGUGGAGCGGUUACUCGCUGCUGCACUUCAUGGGCGACGAGAAGGCGCACGGCCAGGACCUGGGCGCCCCCGGCUCCUGCCUACAACGGUUCUCCACCAUGCCCUUCAUGUUCUGCAACCUGAACAACGUCUGUGAUUACGCCAGCCGCAACGACUACAGCUACUGGUUAAGCACGCCCGAGCCCAUGCCCCAGAUGAUGACUCCUAUUCCUGCUGAGGAGGUCAAGAAGUUCAUCUCGAAGUGCUCCGUCUGUGAGGCGCCGACCCGCGUCAUCGCCAUCCACAGCCAGUCCAUGGACGUACCCGCCUGCCCGCAAGGCUGGGGCCAGAUCUGGGACGGCUACAGCUUCCUCAUGCACACGGACUCGGGCGCGGAGGGCGCGGGUCAGUCGCUGGUGUCGCCCGGCUCCUGCCUCGAGAGCUUCCGCCCCACGCCCUUCAUCGAGUGCUCGGGUCGCGGCCAGUGCAACUACUUCACGUCGGCCUUCUCGUACUGGCUGGCCACCAUCGAGGACUCCAACAUGUUCCGCAAGCCCAAGCAGCAGACGCUCAAGGGCCGCACCGGCUCCCUGCUCUCGCGCGUGUCGCGCUGCGCCGUCUGCCUCAAGCAGAGGCACCACUCGCCCCCGUCGUCCCGCUCGGACCAGAACGGCGUCAACAUCCCCGAUGUCGGCGAGUACCGUCAGCGCCAGCCGACGACGUGGUACAGCGGCUGAAGGGCGCGGCGUAGAAGACGCUCGCGAGCAGAAAACACGAAACGGGCAAACUUACGCAGUGCCAUGCUGUUGACAUCCAAAUGAUGCAGUGUUAUGAACAUUGACUCUUUGUGUGACUUGCGACGGGCGCGAGAGAGAUAUAGACGACGCCAAUGUGAUUCCUUGUGUGUGCCAUCACCGACUCGGCGGGUACUCGUCACUCACGGUCGGCCGAGACACCUCGUCUCUUCCACAGAGGGGGUGGGGACGGUGACGGGGGUGCGCAUGCGCAGCCACGAUGGGCCAAGUGAACUAGACUACAGGGGGGAGGGGGAGGGGGGGAUUACCGCCACUGCUUGGGCGAGCCCGGUAUGGGGAAGUCCCAGUAAAAAAAAAGGCCCUACAUUGUACUCUAAUAUUGUACAUAAUUCCUUUAAGUUUCAAAGUUCAAAAGAGCCUGCUGACCGCUGAUACCAGCAAGACAGUGACAUUUAAUAAUGCACAAGUUUCUGAAGCUAGGGUAUAAAGGAAUGUCAACAAAUUCUAAAAUCUCUCUAAUCAGGUAGAAACUUGUAUUAAUGUUCUAGACCACAAACCAGAAUGUGUUAUUAUUUUAUACUAGUUAUGUACAUUUAAAAAUUUAAUUUGUUGGCUGCGACAACCCUGUAAAUUUUGUUUAGACUAGUCAGACUUUUGUGUAUGUCUUUGUCAUUGUGUUCAUCCUAGGUCAUGCUGUAGUAACUUAAUGUUGUUAGUCUUCAAUUGUACAUUAUGAUAAGGAACAAACUUUUUUCAUUACAUGAUGCAAUAAUGGUUUAGUAGUCCCCAAAGAUUUUCACCAAUCUAAAAGCAGGUGAGUAGAUAAAAUGUUCCUCUUUCCAAAUUCCCUUUCUAAAACCAAUUAAUAAUUAUUGGUUACUAUAUUAAUUAAAUUUUAGUGCUGUGUUAUUUAAUAUUUGUCACAAAGUUUUUCAAUGUUUGUUAUGACUAUGAUUACACUAUGCUUUAUUUAUUCUGAAGCCAAAACAGGGUUUAUUUUAAGCCAAAUUUAGCUAAUAAUUGAUCACUGCCGAGCUUUAUUUUUUAGAGUCUAUGACCAAAUUGUUAAUUUUAAAGGUAAAAUAAAUAAUUAGUAAUAAAUGCCUCUGUGAA